CUGAUCGUGGCGGUGUAUCACAAACUCGUUAAUGUAUGUAAGUGUUUUUUUGUGGUAGCGGGUCACUGCUCAGGAGCUUAAUCUACUGUUGAUGCAAGUGUAUUGCAGUGAUUUGAGACACUAAAUGAGCUAGAUCAUCCCGGGCACAUCUUUUACUAUAAAUGCAAUACCCGUUGUCGUGUAUGUGCUUUUAAAACACGUUCUCGUACCAGAGGAUACGAAUUCAAUGUUAAAGUCAAUAGAAGAGAUUAUUCACCUACCGGUAAACAUGGAAAAAGAACAGGAACGUUUUAUCCAUAAAAUCGACUAUGAAAACGAUUCGACUUACCACCAAAAAAGUAGGAAUGAGGACACAAAUAAAGCAUUUGAAUAUCAGCAGCCGCUGUACCGGAGGCUGCAACAGAACCGGAAGUUCCGUGCCAAGUUUAUCUACAGUGUUGUCCAAUGUUUCUCCUAUAUGCUUCUGGGCUGGAUGAAAGCUCAGAUUGGUCCCUCCUUCUCUGACAUUCUCCGUAUCGUUAACGCAAAUCUCGACCAAGGGGGAAUAAUACGUACUAUUUACUACGUGGGCGUUGUACUUGGAUGUCUGGCCUGCGCCAUCUUGUUUCUUCGCAUCCCAACUCCACUUUUAUCUGCGGCCAUCUUUGCUGUCGUGAGUGUCGACGUCGCUCUUAUCCCUUGGUGUACAAAUUUUGCUGCAAUGACGAUCACUCAUUUCAUACAGGGGUUUUGUUUUGGAAUAUAUGAUACAAUUACAUUCGCUGAGGCAGUAAGAAUAUGGAAGAAUCAAUCAAAGUCGUACAUGCAAGUGGUAGCCUUUGGAUUUUCACUAGCAUCCGUGUUAUCUCCGUUGGCAUCGGCGCCCCUUUCUGACUGAGAAAAAGAACCAGUUGUUUUCUCCAUCUAAUGUCACGCAAUGGAAUAUAUCACAGAUAACAUUCUAUGCAAAUUCGUCAACACAGGAUCCAUUAACUUUUGAACAAAGGGAAAUAUUUAUAGAACCCGAAACUUCAAAUUUUUACAUAGCUUAUACAAUAACAGCAGGUUUAACUUCUAUAGCAUGUGUUUUGCUUUUUACCGUUUGGGUUAUAUAUCGCGAACAUUUUAGAAUUGUAGAAAUCAAUAAUUCAGAGAAUAUUGAAACAGAUAAAGCAGAAAAGGAACAAGGGAAGUCAUUUAAUGAUAACCUGCCUCUUACAAGUAAACGAAAAAUGUUUAACCUUGUAUUGAUGUCAAUACUAUUUGGAGUAUAUACAUCUGUAGACUAUACUUUCACUGAUUACCUAACUUUGUUCUGUGUGAGACAAUUGCAUUGGACAACAAAAGAUGGAGCUUUCCUGACA